GUUGAAUCCGCGUGUCGGUUGUGCCAACUGGAUGCGGCCGCGCCGCCGAAGCAUCGCGGACUUUCUUGCGAAGAACACGACAGGCACGAGAAAUGGAAGCAGCAGGGGCAUGUCGAACCCGCCCUCGGUGAAUACAGACGCGUCGCCGACCGCCCCACCGGCGCCUCUCUCGCCGGAAGAAGCGUUGAUCUUGACCGACGAUGUCGCAACGUUGCCAACGGCCAAGUUGCUCGAGCACGGCGAACAGUUUGCAACGGCGUUUCUGUCCAAGUGUGGACGAGCACGCCACGUGUCGCGUCGGUUGAGGUACUCGGCGUCCAACGGUCGAGGGGAAGAGAAAGCCAAAGACGUGUAUUGCAAGUACGAUGCCUCAACCAAGAUGUACUCGGUGCAUGCAGUGACAGAGAUCCAAGCGGGGCUUAACGAAGUGUUGGAGCUGCUCGCCGGCGACAUCGACCCGACCUCGUCUCGACACGGGUUCAACGUGUUCUUGUGGCGCGUGUUUGGGCAAACGUUAGAUUCCGCGACCAAUCUGCGAUGCACCAAGGAGCGGCGGCGACGGAGGCGUGUUCAGGACUGGCUCGGGAAGCCUAUGCAUGAUGUUGACAACGCCCAGCCAAGCAACGGCGCCGAAGGUGACGACGGCGAUGAAGAAGAUGACGAUAUUUUCCUCACCAUGAAGAAGAUCAAGCAGUCAUUCGAGGGGGCGGCAGUGAAACAAACGACUUUUGUCCAGUCCAACUUUUUCUUGCGCAAGUCCAAAGCCGAGUGGCUGCUUCUGGACUACAUCCAGAAGCGAUCGGACUCGUCGAUCGUGCGCGUGUUCAAAUCCGUCGACAACACGACGUCGUACCGGCAGCUCCAUCGAGGCAAGGUCAUUCCCCGCCACACACGCAUCCUGUUUGGGUUUCACAUUGAAGAGCUGUCCUUUCACAACGGCGGCGUGUGUCGUGUGACGUUCUUUGGGUCCCAUGAGGCCACGAAAGCCACCCAUCCGAGCCACGUGCUCCUCCAAAAACUGGGCGAAUCUCUCCACACGAUCGACCUGGCCGUCCUGCGCCGCCGCCUCGGCCACAAAGUUCAAAUUUCGGCGCCGCAGCACCCUGCGACGGCUGUGCUAGGAGACAUGUGCAUUCACUGCCGAAAGUUUUCCAACGGUGUCGUGUGUCGGCUGUGUGCUGGCCAAGUGUGUGCCGACUGCUCGUCUAUCGAGCAAGUCGAAGCGGGUCUGCACAACGUAUUUGAGCUCCGCGUAUGCGGGCCAUGCGUCCAACUAACCAAGAAGCGCUACCAAGCGAACAUGCGACGAUCGGCACAAACAUCUCAACGGGCACAAUACCGGCCGCUGUUCGUACAGCCCAUCCGCGACACGUCGCCGUUGCUCGUCGUAGUCGGUCUGUCCCAGCGCGGGAUGUUCCGCAUCAGCGAAGCCACGUUAGAAGGAUCGUAUCACGACAUGCUGGACGGUCUCCACGCCACGAUAUCGUCGGACGACGAAAACGACGUCUAGGGCAUUCGAUACGUUUAAGUUACAAGUAGCAUGAGCUCUUCUCCUUGACUUCUGGCCGGCAGAGCGACGGGAUCGACAGUGGCUCCCCCGUC